AAGGCGAGCGGUUGUUAGUCUGCAGCACGCUCCGCUUUGAGUCAAAACAAAAACAGUGCGCGAGAUAACCAGAGCUUCAAGCGCACCUGAGUGUUUCUUUUUUUUUUUAGUCGAAAAGUCCGUUAAGUGAGAGCCGGCCCAAAAACAACAACAACAACAGACCCUCCGAAAUCAAGUUAAAAAAAAAAACUAUUAAAAACAAACAACAAACCUUUAAGACAAGCUAAACAUAGUCAGUGGAACAAUUAAAAGUGAUUUUAGUUAUAUAAAUUGAUUUUAAAACAGCCACAAAACUGACCAAGAAAUAACAAGUUUUAGGGGCAACAACUUUCACUUAAUUAAAAACUCGACAAACUCUUGUCCUUUUUAAAACCAAAAAACAAGACGCACAUAAACCGUGAGAGCAACUCGUGGUGUGCCAUUUUCGCGCGUGAAGUAGAAUUUUUUUCGAGUGUCGAAGUGCCGGAGUGGGGGAGUGGUAGCAGAUCGGGGGAUCACCGCCGGCCACACAUGACCACAAUGCCACCGGAAAUGUCCACAGCAACGGCAACUCCCGUUGCCAGUGUGCCCAGCGGCACUGUCCACCCGCCGCGCGACUCACCGCCAGGUGGCGACACACCGGCCGUCGGCAAUACCGUUAGCAACAAUACAUCCACAACGCCGACGACGACGGCCACGCGAUCCCGCUUCAUGAUCACCGAUAUUCUGGCCGGAGCAGCGGCGGCAGCAGCAGCGCUGGCAGCCUCCUCCUCGGGGCGUGUCAGUCCGCAGGACUCGGUGGAUCGAGAGCGGGACAGCGAGCGGGAGAGGGAGCGAGAACGGGAGCAGGCCCUGGCCGCCCACUAUCACCAGCAACAGCAGCAGCAGCAACAUCACCACCAGCAGCAGCAGGCACAGCAUCACCAGCAGCAGCAGCAACAUCAUGCUGCGCUGCAGCAAUACAUAGUACAACAGCAGCAGCUGCUGCGCUUCGAGAGGGAAAGAGAUCGGGAGCGGGAGAGGGAACGGGAGCGGGAGCACUUUCGGGAGCGUCACUCGCCACCAGCUCACUACCACCAUCCCGCCAUGCCGCCCCACCUGCUAGCACACUUUCCACCCGCCCACUAUGUCGCCCUGCAGCAGCAACAGCAACAGCAACAGCAGCAGGCGCAGCAGCAACCCCAUCCGCAUCAACUGCAAAUGGAGCGAGAGCGAUUGGAGGCACUGCAUCGACACGGCGGCGGUCAUGGGUUAACGGUGGAGCAUCGCCAGCAAACACAUCAGGCAGCUCUCUUGCACGAUGAUCGAUCGCGGUCGCCGCUCAUGCUGCAGCAAUUGGGCAACAACAACAACAAUGGCAGCUCGAACAGCAGCAGCCACAACAAUAACAAUAACAGCAUCAACAUUAACACGGCAGCCAGCAACAACAACAAUAACAAUGGAAAUGGCAACAGCCACAUGUUGCUCGCGGGAGCAGGCAGCAGCAUCAGCGGUGAUCAAGCCAGUACCAUCGAUGACAGCGACAGCGACGAUUGCGGUGGCAAGGACGACGACGGCGAAGAUAGCCUGAAGAAUGGCAGUUCGGCCAAUGGCGACUCCUCGUCGCACCUGAGCCUCAGCCUCAGCAAGAAGCAGCGAAAGGCACGUACCGCCUUCACGGAUCACCAGCUGCAGACGCUGGAGAAGUCCUUCGAGCGGCAGAAGUACCUCAGUGUCCAGGAUCGCAUGGAGCUGGCCAAUAAGCUGGAGCUGAGCGACUGCCAGGUGAAGACCUGGUACCAGAAUCGCAGGACCAAAUGGAAGCGCCAGACAGCCGUGGGCUUGGAGCUCCUGGCCGAGGCUGGCAACUAUGCCGCCUUUCAGCGUCUUUAUGGCGGUGCCACGCCCUAUUUAAGCGCCUGGCCCUACGCAGCCGCCGCUGCAGCCCAAUCGCCACACGGCACACCGCCCUCGGCAAUUGAUAUUUACUACCGGCAGGCUGCCGCUGCCGCCGCCCUGCAGAAGCCCGCGCUGCCCGCCUCCUACCGCAUGUAUCCCACAAGCAUGCCUGGGGGCAUGGCCCUGCCUGGAAUGCCCGCUCCACCGCCUCCAGGAGCAGCGCCCAUGUUGAGUGGUUAUUAUGCCGCUGCUGCCGCCGCCGCUGCAUCCGCCCAGCCUCCAACGGCGUCUCUGCUGCCACCCAGGGACCGUUCGCCCGCCACCAGCCAGAGUGCCACCAGUGAGGCGGACUGCGAGCGAGGCAGUAGCAGCAGUCGUCAGCGAUUGAUCACGCCAAGUCCGCCACUCAAUCCGGGCAGUCCGCCGCCACGGCGGGGCGAGGAGGAGCUGCCGCUGGCGGAUCCAGAGAUGGAGCAGCGUGGCGAGGAGGAGCGAGAUGACGAGGAUGAGGAGCUGGCCCUGGAGGUCUGAAGAGGAGGAGGAGUAGCUGCCAGCAAGUAACACUAGCCAACAGGGUUUUCGGUUUUUCCUUGCUAGCUCAAAUACCAAAUAAUGCUUAUUUAUUCAAAAACCAGAAAAGUUUCCAUUAAAAAUUUAAUUUGUAUAUACGUAUUUUUUUUUUUUUUUUUAUUUUUUAAUAUUUUUAACAUACUUCUAUCCCAGUGUUUUUCCAAAGGUUAAGCCUUUGUUGGCUAGUAUUUGUCAGUCCUUGGAGCUGGAUCUCACAAAGAAUGUCCCUAAACCUAAAUUAAGGGGUGAUAUACGCAAGAAGAACUAGAAAGUGGCAAGGAUUUUGUGGGAAUUGUUGUAAAAAAUUAAUUUAAAAAUACAACAGAAAUAGCUAAAUAUAUAAAUGAACUCAUCUUCAAGGUCAUAUAUCAUUUUCUACAUAGUAAAAGAUAUAUGGUGUAAAGCAAACCCUGAAGUUAACCCUUUAUAUUUAAAAUAGAAAAAUUCAAUUUGAUUUUAAUUUAUAUUAUUUUUUAUAAAUAAAGGCUUGAAAAUCAAAUUUAAAUUUACAUUUUUUCUAAAAGUUAGCUUAUGUUUUGUUUGAUUUUUAUUAAACAUUUGCCACAUUUUUAAUAUAAAGUGUUAAGUUUUGAGGAAAAUAAACUCAAAGAACAUCUCUGGCCUGCCCCAAAAUAUUCUUGAAAAAAAUAACCAUGUAAAAAAUGUGUAUAUCUGCCAACUUAAUUAUAUAUUGUAUGUAUGUAUGUCUCAAAAACAUUCUCACAGGAUAUAUGGCUUGAAGCGUUCUCAGUAUUAGACACUCUCCAUGUUCAUCUGUCUCUAAGAAUAAUCUCCAGUAAUUGUGAACCAGAAUAAGCAAACUCUUUUUUUUUUGUCUAUAUAUAAUAAAUAAAAUAAAUAUUUUAAAUUAAAUCUAGCAUAGAGAAAUUUUUGUAAAUUUUUGUAAAUGAUUUUUGUACAUACGCAACAGACCAACC